AUGGCGAGAGAUAGCGAUGACCCUCGAGAUAUCAGAAUUUUUGAUCCUCAAGAGAUUGUGACGUCCGACGAGGAGGAAGAUUCGAAAAUCCAAUCUCAAUUGGAAGAGCUGGAGAGGCAACGGAAGGACUUAGAAGAGCGUUUAAGACAAAAAGGAGAACACCGUAAACAUCUGGAUCAACUUGUCAGAACAAAGGUGGAAAUUCCAGCUUCCCCGCGAAAAAUACGAGCUGUUCCCACGCUUCAUCAUAACGGCCUUCAAAGGGCUGAAGCAGAAACCACGUCGAACAAAAGCGACUCUUACGCUGAAAACAGUGUGUACCUUGGAGCCCCACAUGCCGGGAACACAACGUCAUAUUUCGCGGAGAACUUCGCCAAUGUGCGGAAAGCAGAAGAGCAAAAAGUUCGCCAUAAAAGUGAUCUCAUGAAUUGCCGUGUUCACACCUUUGCGGGUGCAAAGGACUCUAAACGAAGUGAGCCUUUGUUGGUUGAUGAGAAAGAAAAAUUCACAGGGUGCUGGAUGACGCGUCGCUAUGUGUCAGCCAAUGAGCUGGAGGAGCUUUUCAGUAGCAUCAAAGUUCUCAGACUACCGAAACUUUUUAUUAAAGUGCGUCCUCCAAAAUUUAGCGAACCCGAUUAUGCCAAUUGGGUGGCCACAGGAAUCAUCAGCGCCAAAUCUGUGCCGAAACUAACGACCGCAUCGAAGCCUGCAAAAUACUUCAAAUUCACACUUACGGAUUUCCAGCACAACUUGGACGUUUACGUUUUUGGUAACAAAAACGUCGAGAAAUAUUAUAAUCUCAGAAUUGGAGAUGUUAUUGCGAUCUUGAACCCUGACAUUUUACCAUGGAGACCGACGCAGGUUUCCAAUGAAGACUUUACGGGUAGUGUAGUCAAAUCAUUCAAUCUAUCUAUCAGACACAACUACGAUUGUAUACUGGAGAUUGGCACAAGCAAACACCUUGGAUUCUGCCAAAUUCUCAAUAGGACCACAGGUAAAGCAUGUGGUACACCGAUCAAUAAAUCCACUGUGGAUAGGUGCGAAUAUCAUCAAGACAUAAGGUUUCGACAAGUCAAUGCACAGAGAGUCGAGCUCAAUGGAAGUACUCCCCUUCGAUCUCCGACCAAAAACGGUAAAAAACAGGCUCUUUACGGUAAUUCUUCCACUAAACGGAAGUUUGAGCUUCUUCCGGAUAAGCACGGUGGGCAAGGUCAGGAUCGAGAAAGUCAGAACACUUUGUAUUUCAGUAAUCCUAAUUACGCUCGUGCGUUUUUUGACGAUUCUUACCAAAACCCUGACUUGCUGAACAACCUGGAUAGUAAACGCCGGAGGUUACGCGACAGCGAAAAAGACAAAGUGAUUCUAGCACAGAUAAAUAAGGCGGUGGGCAAGGGAGAUAUUGAGCUUUUCCAAAACAAGAACCUCAGCGAACAGAAAAGAAUGCAAAAAGCAACUGAGCAAGCAUUGAGGAGUGGGCUAAUGAAAGGUAUUGGCUUUGAUCCUACUAAAGGGAAAAUGAAGGAUGUUUUGGUUCAUAGUCGUGGUCCAGGUAGCGAUUUCAAGUCGCCGCAAGUUCAAGAAAUCAUAAAAUUGAAAAAGACACAUGUAGAUCUUACGCCAUCCAAAGAGGAACAAAAGAAGAGGUUACUCAGAAGGGAACGCAUAUGGAAAGAACACUUUCAAAAAUCCAAGAAUUCAGAAAAAGAUGCCCCAAUAGAUCAGGAUCUUAUGGACAGUGACAGUGAACUGGAAGUUGUCUGA